UAAACGGGAUGCCAGUUACUCUACCAAAGUCCUACAGCGGCAACGGCCUGACCUUGGAAAGAGUUGGCAUAUUUGUUGCACUCUCUUCUCGACUAGGAAUCACCUUGCUUUGGGAUGGAGGUAUGCGUGUGUAUUUGCGCUUGGCCCCCCACCUGCAGGGUCAGGUUGGAGGACUGUGUGGUAACUUCGAUGGAGACACAGAGAAUGACUUCACUACACGGCAAGGAAUCGUCGAAUCGACGCCUGAGCUCUUCGGAAAUUCCUGGAAGGUCAGUCCUUCUUGCCCUGAUGUGGAAAACCAGGACCUCAGAGAUCCCUGUGCUCGCAACCCCCACAGACUGACGUGGGCCAGGAAAAGGUGUGCUGUCUUAACUCAGGAGCUGUUUUCAAGAUGCCACCCAGAGGUGUCUUUCCAGCAGUAUUACGACUGGUGUGUCUUUGAUGCAUGUGG